AUUUCUUAGGUUAGGUGUCAUUCGCCGUCAAUAGGCGGUUUGGUUAAUUUUUUAAUUUGUUUAAAUAUUUAGAUCUGUAUUCGUUUCUUGGAUAAAAUCUGUAUCGCAAUGGUGUUAGAAACGACAAGAAAUAUUUUCAACGAGCCAACCUUCAUAAAAGAUGUUUCAGAAUAUGGUCAAAUACUCUCUGUACAAUUUGCCCCUUUCGAAUGGUGCCAGGACUUGCUCCUCAUAGCGUUUCAAGAAAAGAUACUUCUUGCUCAGCUAAAACUGACGGAAACAUUACAAGUAGAAAUCCUCACAGAAUUUGCACACCCAAAUAGAUGUACAGCUUUAGCAUUUUCACCCCAAACAUCUUUAUUCAAUAUACCUCAUAAGCUCCUAUUUGCUGCUGCAGGUAACGAUUUCAAACUUCGCUUAUAUGACAGCAAUCUGAAUGAUGAGAACACAUGCAAGGUUCUUACUGGCCAUUCUAGCUAUAUAAAUGAUGUUAGCUUUGAUCCAGAUAACAAAUAUUUUGCUUCAACUAGUGAUGACCAUACAGUCAAAAUAUGGUUUGUAGAUGGUGCAUAUAAAGCCACAUUUGAUUUAACAUCACCUGGUAUAAAUGUUUGCUGGCAAAGAGAAGACACAUGUGAACUUUUGGUAGCUGAAAAAUUAGGCAUUAUAAGAUUUUUCAAUGUGGAAUCAGAAUCACCAAUAUUGUCAUUAGAUUAUACAAAACCGUUAUGCAGUGCUCAUUGGGCCCCAUCUGACAGAGAUCUGGUAGCAUCUCUGCAUUGUGGAGAACUUCUCAUUUGGGAACUUACCAAACCAUGUCUUCCACAACAACACAAUGCCUUUUUCAACGAAAAUGGCGGCAACAUCAGGUUUUCGCCCCAAGGAGAACUGGUAGCUGCUGUCAACAGCCUGGAUAGCUCCAUGAAGGUCAUUCACGUCAAAAGCCAAACUGUCAAGCUGACAGCUAACGUCACGCUGCCCACGAACGUGACGUGGCAUUAUAGAUAUCCACUAGUUUGUUUGGGAGAUGACUUUAGGUUAUGUUUUUGGAAGACUGCUUGAUACCAUGUAUUAUUUUUCAAAUAAAUAUUUUUUAGUAAAAUAA